AUGUUCAAAUGCAUGGUUGUUUCACAGAUUGUCUUCUACGAGGAUCGUAACUUCCAGGGCCGCUCUUAUGAGUGCAACUCUGAGUGUCCAGAUAUGUCCUCAUAUUUUCAGCGCUGUAAUUCCAUCCGAGUGGAAAGUGGAAACUGGAUUCUGUAUGAGCACCCCAACUAUAGAGGACACCAGUAUUACCUUAGCAGGGGAGAAUAUCCUAAUUUCCAGCAAUGGAUGGGUUUCAAUGACUCCAUCAGAUCUUGUCGUAUUAGCCCACAGGUAAAGAUAUUUACCAAAAUAGUUAAGAACCUUACAUAAAUAUGAUGCAGUACAAAAAAACAUUAUUUUCCAAUUAUCAAUUAUUAUAGGUUUACCUUUGCAAAUAUGACCUUUUUUGACUAUUAUUCAUGAUUUUAUGGAAUAUAUCUUCAAUUCAAAAUUCCAUUGUCAGGUAACAGGUGGUUAACAUGGAUAAAUAUAUAUAUAUAUAUAUAUAUAUAUAUAUAUAUAUAUAUAUAUAUUCCUGUAUAGAUUUUUGAUGUUUACAUGCAAUUAUACAAUUAUUUUACUCUUGUUUAUAAAUAUUUUUUUCUUCGUAAAGCACCAUGGAUCAUUCAGAGUAAAGGUCUAUGAGAGGGAGGAUUUCCGAGGUCAGAUGAUGGAGUUCACUGAAGAUUGUGCUAAUGUCAAUGAGAGAUUCCGUUACCAUGACAUCCACUCCUGCCAGGUGAUUGAUGGCUACUGGAUGUUCUAUGAGGAACCAAAUUACAAAGGACGCCAGUAUUACCUGAGACCUGGAGAGUACAGAAGAUAUACUGACUGGGGUGCCAUGAGCCCAAGAAUUGGCUCAUUCAGGAGACUUCACCAUUUCUAA